AUGGCACUUAAGCAGCUGGCUAUCGAACAUUCAGAAGAAUUCCCACUGGCGGCCGCUGCCGUCGAGAAGUGUUUCUACAUCGACGAUGCCCUAACAGGGGCACAAACGUUGGAAGAGGCAUGUCAGUUGCAACAUGAACUGGUGGAGCUUUUGCGGCGUGGAUGUCUCGAUGCCCACAAGUGGUGUUCGAAUCCGGAUGUCAUCCUCCAGAAUGUCCCAGCUGAACUGAAAGGAGAAGGGGUGAAUGUUUCCAACAUCGAUUCGGAGUCUAUAGUGAAAACGUUAGGAGUCGCUUGGAGUCCCAAAGAAGAUUGGUUUUCGUUUUGUGUGCCUCCAGACGAGUCUGGCCCAGAACAACCAUUGACGCGUCGGAAGGUUUUGAGUGAUGUCGCGCGGAUCUACGAUCCACUGGGAUUAAUCGGCCCGGUGUUAACGACUGCCAAGCUCUUUCUUCGGGAAAUCGCCGAUACAACGAUCGAUUGGGAUUCCCCGUUACCUCAACCUAUGGUGAACCGUUGGAAGGCGUUCCGUGAAGAGUUGAUGAAGCUGAAUGAUCUACAAAUUCCACGUUGGAUCCUGUCGGCAACUGCCAUCCGUGUUGAACUUCACGGUUUCGCGGAUUCGUCAAAGCAAGCAUACGGAGCUUGUUUGUAUACCAGGAUGCUGCAGUCGGAUGGCACCUCCAUCAUGAAGCUCAUCUGUAGCAAAUCUCGAAUUCUCCCGAAGCAAUCAAGCCAAUCGAAACCAAUCACAACGUCGCUGUCGGAGCUACUCGCUGCUGUUCUGCUGUCGCGUCUAACCGAUAAGUUUGUAGGAUCCACUAAAAUCUAUUUUGCUGCCGUGAAUUUGUGGAGUGAUUCACAAAUUGUCUUGAGUUGGCUUCGGAAGUCACCCGGUGAAUUACAGCUCUUCGUGUCCAACCGUGUGAAGGAAGUGCAGAAAUUGACGAAGGAUUACCAAUGGAAUCACGUUUAUACACACUCGAAUCCAGCCGAUAUCAUUUCCAGAAGCGAGCAACCAGGUGUAUUGAUGCGGAAACAGCUCUGGUGGAAUGGACCGAUUUCCAUCACGACGAACCUUGAUACUGCUACAACUCUUCCGGACGAAAUGCUGCCUGAGCUGAAGAAGUCGGUGGUGCUCACAACCACCACCAAUCAGCGAAUGAAAUUAUUCGAUGACGUUAAUGAUUUUGGCAAGUUGCAGCGGCACAUGGCCUACUUGAUACGCUUUGCGUUAUUUGUUGCAUCGAAACAGAAAACAGUGAUAAAAGGACCUCUCCAAGCAGGAGAGCUAACUCGUGCAUUGAAGGUGAUUGUUCGACUGGUGCAAGCUGAAGCCUUUCCCAACAAGAUAGCGGCCUUGAGACGAGGUGAAAACGAGAAGCAUCGAUUGAAAACACUACAUCCAUUCCUUGACGCUGACGACUAUAUUCUUCGAGUUGGUGGGCGUAUCAAGCAUGCGUUAAUUCCGUUCGACAGUCGCCAUCAGAUGUUGCUCCCUGCCAAACAUCCCGUAACCGAAAAUCUGAUCCGACAUCUGCACAUCGAAAACCUUUGGGACAGCGGGCACUGCUAG